AUGAUGCGAGACGGCGGCGACCGCGACUUCAAUGAUCUCGUUGUUCAGCUGGACUUUACCAGCGCCGUGGGACAUGGCCUCCUGAUCGCUAAACUGCCGACUGCGUCUCCUGGCGAGCCGAGCAAUGGCACGGCCACGAACAAACUCAGUUGCCAUGGCGUCAAUGGCCAGAGCGGCAUCUCCGGCGAACGCUCGCUCGACGUGGGCAUCGUCGCGGCGGUCAAUCCCAACAGCAACCUCGCCCUCUACAAUGGCUCGGGCGACAACGUGGUGAACGGCAACGCCCAGGCGUCCGUCUUCACCGCGAUCCAGAGUUCGAUCUUCGGCACCGCGUCCAACCUCGGCAACAGCCAGUGGACCGGCGCCGCCCCCGUCACGACAGACUCAUGGGGCGACGCCCAGUAUAUGGCGCCGGACUCGCCCUUCUACUACGCAUACAUGCAGCUCUACGUCGACGCGGCGCUGGCCAACCAGACGACGCUGAUCGCGCUGGGCGACGGCGGCUCGGGCUUCCAGACGGCCAACGGCCUCGCCACCCCGAUCAACAACCAGACCAGCCCCUACAACAUUCCUGGUCGGCGGCACGUCGAUCUCGACCGUCGACGCGGCGGCGCAGGACCCGACGCUGAACGGCACCGAUCCCAACUUCACGCCGAUCUACAACCUCGCCGAUGGCGGGCGACGCGGCCACGCUCUGGCGCUCAUGAGCGGCGGGCUCAAUCAUCUGCCGAGCACCGCGGCGUCCAGAGACUGGCUGGUCGAGACGACCAACAACACCGGCUCGGCGGCAUCGACACGACGCAGGCCACGCCGGACUACCAGGUCGAUUACGGCCUCACUUCCGCGAUCUACACCUCGCUGGGCCUCACCGGACGCGGCACGCCCGACGUGGUGGCGCCGGCCGGCGGCAACCUCUUCUAUACGACGCCCGGCGCCGACAUGACGGGCCUCGUCGGCGAAGGCGGCACCAGCGCCGCGACGCCGUUCUGGGCGGGGUUGAUCACGCAGAUCAACUACGUGUUCAACGACCAGCACCUCCCCAAUCUCGGUUACAUGACCGAUCUCCUGUACCUCGCGUCGGUGAUCGAGCCGGGUUCGUUCAACGACGUGACGCUGGGCAACAACACGUCGAGCUUCUCGCUGGGCGGCGCCAAUUACGGCGGCAUCAACCCCACCGGAUACGGCUACGCGGCCGACACCGGCUACGAUCUCGCCAUCCGGUCUCGGCUCGCCCAACGGCCUGCUGCUGGCGCGCGCGCUGACCGAGAUCGCCCAUUCGCAGCUCUAUUUCAGCGCCACGCCCGACGUGAUCGAUUCCAACGGUUCGAGCGGCUGGACCAGCGGCACGGCGCAGACGCUGCUGCUGCAGACCACCGCGACGGCCGACGCGACCGCCACCGUCACGACCGGCGCCGAUUCGACCGACGCCAGCAGCGCCGCUCACGCGGUCUACGCCUGGACCAGCCAGCUCGCGCAGCAAUCGCUGCAGGACGAUUUCGAUGGCGCCUUGCUCGCGCUGUUCGACGGGCAGACCCAGGGAGCACUGACCCAGGCGAUCGUCGCCAACGGCGAUGGCGUCGCGCGCGGCGACGGUCUGGCGUCCCGGACUCUGGAGGAGACCACGCGAGACGCGGUCCGAUCGCCGGGGCCUUCGUGACAUCACCGGGCGCCGUUGCCACCCACACCCAGCUAGCACCGAUUGAACGCGUCACCGGCGACGGAUCUCGCCUUCAUCUCCCGAAGCGUACCCGUGCACGAUUCUCUGCCCGGCCGCUGUAUGUUGCCGCGAUGCCGCUUCACUGGAAUAUCCAAUCGGGAUCACGCCUUUUCGAAGUCGUCUGCGACGGUGAGAUCGAGGCGCACGAGGUACACGCCAUGCUCGAUGCGCUGGUCGGCACGCGGGCGCUGGGCUACCGCAAGAUCUUCGACGGCACGCGCGGCGAGACCCGCAUGGGUCCGAUGGAGAUAAUCGACAUUGGCGUACGCAUGCGCAGUCUGCACCAGCCGGAUGUUGCGCUGGGGCCGCUGGCAAUCGUCAUUCCGGACGACAAGUAUGCCCUGCUCGGGCGCGUUCUGGGCAUGCUCGCCGCGCCGCGCCGUCCGAUGCGCAUCUUCAAGACCGCGCAGCUGGCCCAUCGAUGGCUGAACUCACCCGCCAUCCUCGCCAGCCUGCCCGAGCCGGUGCCUCUGCCCUGA